GUACAUGAUAAAACUAUUCAGUUUAUUCCGACAUCUCGUGCGCAGUGGACGCGUUCAAAAUGACGAGCAAAGAAGAGGCCCCUUCUACUUUUUGGGACGAAUUAACGAGCCCGCUUAACUUAGUGUUAGUCGGUGUUAUUUUGUACCUUAUCUACAAGAUUUUAAAGUCUCAUUUCCAAUCAGAGGACGACACACCGGCCCCGCCACCGCAGCGUAUGAAAAAACUUCGUAAAGAUUUAACUACGGCUGAAUUAAAGAAAUAUGACGGAACGGGACCUGAUGGAAGAGUGCUUUUGGCUGUAAAUGGUGUGAUUUUUGACGUAACAAGAGGAAAAAGAUUUUAUGGGCCAGGUGGUCCAUACUCGGCGUUUGCUGGCAGGGAUGCUACACGUGGCCUAGCAACGGGCUCAGUGUCUGCAGAAGACAAAGAAUGGGAUGACGUCAGCGAUCUCAAUGCCGAUGAGAUUGCGUCGGCAACAGAAUGGGAAGGUCAAUUCAGGGAGAAAUAUGACAUCGUUGGUCGGCUGCUGAAGCCAGGAGAGACACCAAAUAAAUACAGUGAUGACGAAACAGAAGACAAGAAGGAUCAGUAGUCUUACUGAACUUAAGUCGUUGAGUAUUAUUCUUAGAGCAAUGUGUGACAUUGUAAAAUGUGUUUGUAAAAAAAAAAGUUAAAUUAUAAGUAAUAUUUUAACA